AUGUCGGAAAACCUGAAAUGUUGGAAUGUUGCGGCUGGGGCCGCCGGUCUGCUGCUCUCCCGCCCGCCGCCUCCCGCCGCCCCCGGCCGCUGGAUCCCGGCGCCGCCCCGCGCCGCCAUGUCUUCUCAAGAGGCUUUCAGGAUAGAAUAUGAUACCUUUGGUGAACUGAAGGUCCCAAGUGACAAGUACUAUGGUGCCCAGACUGUGAGAUCUACAAUGAACUUCAAGAUUGGAGGUGUUUCAGAAAGGAUGCCAGUCCAAGUCAUAAGGGCUUUUGGCAUCUUGAAGAGAGCAGCUGCUGAAGUAAAUCAAGAUUAUGGUCUCGACCCAAAGAUUGCUAAAGCCAUUGUACAGGCAGCAAACGAGGUAGCUGAAGGAAAACUAAAUGAUCACUUCCCUUUGGUGGUGUGGCAGACUGGGUCUGGAACUCAAACCAAUAUGAAUGUCAAUGAAGUAAUCAGCAACAGAGCUAUUGAGAUAAUGGGAGGCACACUGGGAAGCAAAAAGCCAGUGCAUCCAAAUGAUCAUGUCAACAAAAGCCAGAGUUCAAAUGACACUUUCCCAACAGCAAUGCAUAUUGCUGCUGCCCAGGAGGUUAAUGAGGUCUUGUUACCUGGACUGAAGAAGCUACAGAAUGCACUCGAAGGGAAAUCCAAAGAGUUUUCCCAAAUCAUAAAAAUAGGGCGCACUCAUACGCAAGAUGCUGUUCCACUUACACUUGGGCAGGAAUUUAGUGGCUAUGUGCAGCAAAUUAAAUAUGGUGUGGCUAGGAUUGAAUCCACCAUGCCAAGGGUGUAUCAGCUGGCAGCUGGCGGGACUGCAGUUGGAACGGGAUUGAACACAAGAAUUGGCUUUGCUGAGAAAGUUGCUGCUAAAGUGGCUGAACUGACGGGUUUGCCUUUUGUCACUGCUCCAAAUAAGUUUGAAGCUCUUGCAGCUCACGAUGCUUUAGUGGAGCUCAGUGGAGCCAUGAACACAGUGGCAUGCAGUCUGAUGAAAAUAGCUAAUGACAUUCGCUUCCUGGGCUCUGGACCACGCUCUGGGCUGGGAGAGCUCAUCCUGCCUGAAAAUGAACCUGGGAGCAGCAUCAUGCCAGGAAAAGUGAACCCUACCCAGUGUGAAGCUGUGACCAUGGUGGCAGCCCAAGUAAUGGGAAAUCAUGUUGCUGUUACUGUAGGAGGAAGCAAUGGACACUUUGAACUGAAUGUCUUUAAACCCAUGAUGAUUAAAAAUGUUUUAAACUCUGCAAGACUUCUAGGAGAUGUGUGUGUUUCUUUCACUGACAACUGUGUGGUUGGAAUCCAAGCCAAUACAGAUAGAAUCAACAAACUGAUGAAUGAAUCUCUGAUGUUGGUAACAGCACUGAACCCACAUAUAGGAUAUGAUAAAGCAGCCAAGAUUGCCAAGACAGCACACAAAGAGGGGACAACGUUAAAAGAAGCUGCUAUAAAGCUGGGAUUCCUUACAUCAGACCAGUUUGAUCAGUGGGUGAAGCCUAAAGAUAUGUUAGGUCCUCAGUAACUUCUGUAAAAAAAAAAAGUGUUCUUAAU